GUGUUGGCACAUCGACUAGGGUUGAUCCCAAUCUGUGCAGAUCCAAGAGAAUUUGAUUUCAGAUCAGAAGGUACAUGUAUGCUACAGAUUAACAAUAUUAUAACCUUGUAGAUUUAAUUACAGGUUUUGAUCUGUACUCAGCCUUUUCUAAGCUCUCAAGUCAUAGGGUUGUUGAGGAAAAAAGGAGAAGCAAAAGAUAUUUGUUUCAAACACUUGCAUCUGGGAAAGGGGGCCAGUGGCACAUUUUUGGUAGACUUUUUGCACUAGUUAUUGAGCUGCACAAUAAUCGCCAACUACCUUUGAGCCUGGAAUAGACUUUAUGAUCUUUCUUGGACAGGGCUCUUAUUGCUCUGACUGCUUCAAAUUGAAGAGUUGAGAUCAUGACAUUAAAUUGCUAUUUUCUAACAUUUAUUACUAUUGUAUUACUAUUUUCUGUUGACCUAAUUAGAGUCAUUUACAAAAUUACAGCUGAAUCGAAAGAAGCUUGGGUUAUUUCAGUAGAUAUAGUUUUCAGUGCCAUGUGGUAGAGUGUAAGCAACUUUCUGUAAAAUUACAAUAUUAUUAUUAUAUGCCCUAAAUUUUUGGCCCCAGUUGUUCAAAUGGUUGCCAGUGUUAUCCUCUGGAUAAAUAUCUGUAUGGUGGAUAAUGCAGUUGGUUACCAUAAUACUAAUCUGCUGGAUGGCAAUUUAUUCGGUGGAUUUUGCCAUCCAAUGUUAGAACAACCGAGGCCCGGUUAGGCCAGCCAUUUUUUCCCUUUCUUGCUCCUCACUGAACAAAGUUAAGACAACACUAUAUACAUGUAAUUAUAAUCUUGUAUGACAAAUAUGAAACAUUAUAGAGUACUAAAGUGUGGCAUCAUAAAAAUGAAAUUUCUGAAAUCAUGGGAUUUACCAAGAUAUUCUAAAAGAACAAUGUCCAAGAGGCCUACUUGCCAAAAAUGAGCAUUUUGGCCAGGCAAAUUGUCUCUGAGAUUGUAGCCCAGUUAUGCUUAGAAAACUCCAUACAAACCCUUUUAAAUUUUUUUGUAUGGAAUUUUCUGAGUAUAACCGGCUAACAUCUCAGGGACAAUUUGCCCCGAAAUGCUCAUUUUUGGCACAUGUAAAGUAGGCCUCUUGGACAUUGUUCUUUCAGAAUAUCCUGACAAAUCCCAUAAUUUCAGAAAUUUCAUUUUUAUGACAUCAUCACUUUAGUACUCUAUUGGUGCAUUUGCAUAAAUUUUUUACCAAAAUGUUUUGGUGUGAUACAGGAGAUGAAGAGGCAAAGGAGAAUACCACUUUACAGUUUAAUCUAAAAGUUAAAUGCAUUAAAAACAAGAAUGCACCAAAGAAUGCUACGGAUCCUGAUGAGUUAUACAUUCACUCAAAAGGUGAUAAUAUUAUUCUGUUCUUGUUACCUUUUGUUUUGAUUUAAUUUUGUCCUUUAUUAUUUUGUUUAAAGGUUAUUUUUCAGGGGUUCAGACUCAUUUUCAUACAUUACCACAUCCAAGAACAAAGAAACCAAAUUGAACCAAGGACAAGAUUGAACAAAAAUAUUGGGGGUUAAAAAAGGUGUAUUUCUGCACAANCGAAAUGCUCAUUUUUGGCACAUGUAAAGUAGGCCUCUUGGACAUUGUUCUUUCAGAAUAUCCUGACAAAUCCCAUAAUUUCAGAAAUUUCAUUUUUAUGACAUCAUCACUUUAGUACUCUAUUGGUGCAUUUGCAUAAAUUUUUUACCAAAAUGUUUUGGUGUGAUACAGGAGAUGAAGAGGCAAAGGAGAAUACCACUUUACAGUUUAAUCUAAAAGUUAAAUGCAUUAAAAACAAGAAUGCACCAAAGAAUGCUACGGAUCCUGAUGAGUUAUACAUUCACUCAAAA